AGAACAUGUCUUGAACUGCAGCCAAUUUUAAGCAUUUGAAACAAAAUGGUACUCGUAUACAAGAUGUAUAGGUUUACCAUCUAUUAUACAGCAUUUUUCACUACAAUGUGUAUUUCAGUAUACUCCAUAAAGGGUCCAACACAUAUCAGAUGUUCCAUUGGAGAAGAUGCCUCGUUUAUGUGGAAUACGACGGAUCAAAAAGAAAUCCUUUCUGCCAGAUGGGGAAUAAGAAAGGGCAGCAUCCCUGAUCCUCAGUUUAUCAGUGUUAAUGGAUGUAAUGGAAAAGUGCACCUUAACAAAGAUAUUGAUGCGACAUUGAAAAAGAGGGUAGAAUUUAUUGGAAACUUGACAAUAGGUCGUGCUUGGUUCGUGUUGAAAAACCUUACUGUCAAUGACACUAAUGAAUACAUUGCAAGCAUCAGUGACGAUGUAUCAAGAUUUCUACCAUAUCCUGUGCGCGUAAUGGUUGCAGAGAAGGACAAAGGUAAGCCAUGCACUUUUUUGGGAGUAACAUAACUUAUUUAUUUCAUA